AUGGAGAGCAAUUUACUGGAUACAAGUCCAACGCCAAGGGAGUUUAAAUUUGAGUUCUUACAACGUAUUACAAAUAAUUUUUCUGAGGACCUCAUAAUUGGCCAUGGCGCGUUCGGAGUAGUAUACAAGGGAGUAUUGGACAGUGGGGAAGAGAUUGCUCUGAAGAAGCUUAAUAACAUAGGGCUUGACGACAAGGAAUUUACAAAUGAGUACAAUACCAUUAUUAGGGCCCAACAUCAAAAUAUUGUACAGUUUGUUGGCUACUGUUAUCGCCAAGAACCUAGAUGUAUUAUGCACAAUGGACAAUAUGUCUUUGCUCUUGAGGCAGAAAGAAUUCUCUGCUUUGAAUAUUUGCACGGUGGAAACCUUCAGAGUCGCCUUUCUGAUGAGGAGCCAUGCAGCCUUGAUUGGGAGACAUGUUACAAAAUAAUUAAGGGAGUGUGUGAGGGUUUAAAUUAUCUUCAUAAUGGACAUAAAGAUUCUAUUUACCAUCUAGACUUAAAGCCUGCAAAUGUAUUGCUGGACAACAACCUGAUGCCGAAAAUUGGAGAUUUUGGUAUAUCAAGAAUCUUCCCUUCAAGAAAAACCAGUACCACCGCAACAAGGUUUAUGGGGACAAUGGGAUUCAUGCCACCAGAAUAUAUCGACAGACAAGAAAUCUCACCAAAAUAUGACGUGUUCAGUUUGGGUGUUAUAAUUGUACAAAUAAUGGCAGGAUGCCAGAGAUACCGCCGUGAUUGUGGAAGUGUUCCUUCUGAAAAAUUCAUUGAGCUUGUAUGUGAAAUAUGGCGAAAAAAGCUACACCCAAUAACAAUGUCAUCGCACAUGUUGCAAGAAGUUAAGACAUGCAUCCGAAUAGCAUUAAGAUGUCUAGAGAAUGACCGACAGAAAAGGCCCCCCAUAAGCGAGAUCAUUGAUGAACUUAAUAGGAUUGAUACUGAAAAUUUGUCACCUCCAGACAAGGCUACCAACUUACGAAGCAGGGAGGUCUUGGCCUCUAACCAUUACAAGAACUCAGCUUCCAUCGGGGUCCAUGGUAGCAUCAAUCGGUUGGACUCCCCUGCCAAAGCCAUGGAUUAUGAAUACGAGUCCAUCAUGAGGAACCCGAAGUCCUGUGCUGUGGGAGGGCCUGGAAGUGUGACCCGGACCAAUGAUGGCCAUCGCUCGAGGAACUCGGAUCUCAGGUUUAUCCUUUUGUGA